AUGGCAACCUCUAUGAACCCUGUUGAACUCUAUCACGAUCCAUCCUUAGACGAUCUUAUCGUCCCAAGCAGAGCCAGGCCGCCAAACAAUGGGACAGCCCGUCGACAAAGCAAGCGCUCAGGCUCAGAGACUUCGGACUCAUCUUCUCAGCCCCCUCCUGCACCAGAGGUUCCCCGCGGACCACCAAUAUCCUAUCGAGGUUUAGGUCAAGAUGAAGGCAAUCUCCAGAGGUCUUUCUCUCAAAGAGCUAAGGGAAAACCAUUCCAUCGAGAAGUAUUUGCGGAUUUGGAGGAGGAAGAUCUCCAGAACAAUAUGAAAGCGAAGCCGCGAAUGUCAACAGACACAAACCGCAGGGAGGUUUCUGCAACGGUCCCGCGGAAACCCUUGCCGUCAGAUGGGUUGCAUCUGGACACUGCAAAUCUCAGUGCUACCCCAGCUACCAGAGCACCGCAGCGGGUUAGUCAGUCAGCUCGUGAGGCCUUCUUCGAUCGAGAUAAACUCCCCCAGAAACCUCGGCGCAUAUCGGACACUCCUCGGCAUACUGAAGAACCAGCUUCCGCUAUCAGCAGAUCCAGCGCUUAUCGAGAUGAGGCUCAUAGACGAGAUUGGGCACCUGACCGAUCCCCGCUUCAAAAGCUGGAGGUCACUCUAAAUGAUAUAAGCAAGGAGGAAAAACGGGCAAGAGUGCAAGAGGCCGAGAUGCUCUUACGCGAGCGUGAUGUGAAAGCUAACCGUGGUCUGGUGGAGUCGCCUCGAGAAGCAGCAUCGUCGAACAAACGGUCCACAUCAAAGCGAGAACGUGGAGUCGAGUCUGGAAGUACCAGCCUUAAUGAUGCCGGCCUCGUCCGAAACCUGAGCACUGCGCAUCGACAACGUCUCCAACAUAGUACCACAGUAGACAGCCACCGGCCCGAUGUGCGAAGUUUGUCGGGCGAGGGUCCUCCGGGGUUUGAAUACACAGUUUCAAAUACACUCCAGACUGGAAUGACACCCAAAUCUCGUCAGUCGAGUGGCAGGCACCGAACGGAAGAUGAGGUUGGCCAAAGCAUCACAAAAGAUUUUCCGAUACAGGCAGAAAAGCUUCCGCCGAGGUCGCGCCGCGAUGUCACACGUCCUAGCGACGAGGGCGUGCAGUCGGACGACCUUGCGGCACCCCCAGCUCACGCCCCUCAGCCUCAGGGUACAUACGCUCCUGUUCGACACGCUCCUGUUCGACGUGAUCUCGCUGAGCGUGAAAGGAAUGCUUCCCACAAAGCAGCGUUGGAGAAAUUGACCGGGAUUUCUGCCCCAGUCAACGUUGCCAGGAGUGACUCUCGCAAGCUCCAAAAAAGCCCUGCUGCAUCUGUCGAUUGCAGAAAAGUCUCUGCUGGCAGUGUACCCAGUCGAAUUCCAGUACCGGCUCCAGUAACAACUUCAAGGGAUGUUAGACAAGCAGUGUCAGAUCAUGAUGCAACCCAUCUGGAUUCCGACACAUCUCGAACUCAGCAACGGCUCUUCACGCCCCCAGCAGGCCAAGUCCUGCAAUCCUCGCCACAUCCAAGCAGUCCGCGAUCACCACCAGCAAAAGUGACCGAUGCAACACAUCACAGACAACGAAAAUCAAGUGUCUCGUUCAAGGAACCUAUCGCCCGGCGCCCCGUGGAUGAGUGGAAAGAAGCCGGAACAGCAAGACUCACACUUGCGGACUUCGCUACUGAGCAUGCCCCAUCCUCUGACAGGAACAAGGCUUGGUGGGACCAGCCUGCCAGUUCGUCUACCCGCCGAAGAAGCAGGUCCGCUAGGACGUCCGACCAUGCUCCAUUUGAUGGUCCAAUCGAUGAUAAAGUUGCGGAGUUCAAGCCUAAGCUGUACUUGCGAUGUGGGCCACUUCUUCGAUAUACCGGCAUGAGAAGACAAAAGUCUGAAAAGGGCGACGACCGUGAGUUCUGGCGAGGCAGUGUGUUGCUUGUUACGCAGGACUCGUAUUCCUCGUAUGAUCCUCCACCGACACUGCGACUCUUUCCGCAACCGCAGGAAUUAUUACCUCCUCCGCCUCAUCAUGUCACGGGAGGCGAUCUCGAUCCUGACUACAUUGAUCCAAUUGCUGGUUUAACCAAGCUCUCGAGGGCAGGCAGGGCCUUGUACGUACGUCCAGUCGAUCACCUCAGUGAGGGUAAAGAUCUGUCUCAAAUCGAAAAUGAUGAUGGGCUCUUCGAGAGCUCCCCUAGUCCGUCUGAGCCAACCGCAGCUCAGCAGGGGCCGGAAACGGCAAACAAGAGAGCACUCAAUACCGAUAGCGAACGAUCAGGCAAAUAUCAAGAGGUGAAAGGGGCGAGGCUAUAUGCAGAUCCGGACCGAGAUGUGACCUUCUGGCGAUUCAACCUUGAGGUUGAACUUGCUGAGGACCAGCAACGCAUCGGCUACAGGAUCAACCGUGGCGCUUCGGUCGGCUUCUGGGUUCCUGGUCGUGGGCAAACAAUGAACAUGAUGUUUCACAGUUGCAAUGGAUUCAGCCUGUCGGUCAACCCGGAUAAUUUCAGUGGGCCUGAUCCUAUGUGGAGAGAUGUUCUGAACACCCAUCAGACACGCCCCUUCCAUGUCAUGAUUGGUGGAGGCGAUCAAAUCUACAAUGAUCGAGUUAUGCUCGAGACUCAGCACUUUGGCGAUUGGACUAGAAUGCGAAAUCCGAGUCAUAAGCAUCAUGCCCCCUUUACGAAUGAAAUGAAGGAAGAGCUGGAAAGCUUCUAUCUCAACAGAUACGCCAUGUGGUUCUCCCAGGGGCUCUUCAGCAUGGCAGCGAGUCAGAUACCAAUGGUCAAUAUCUGGGACGACCACGACAUUAUCGAUGGGUUUGGGUCUUAUCCUCAUCAUUUCAUGGAGACACCAGUCUUCUCCGGACUGGGAAACGUUGCGUUCAAAUAUUACAUGCUCUUUCAACAUCAGAGUGUUGUGGAAGAAACGACCGCCCAUGAACCCAGCUGGGUUUUGGGCCGGGAACCUGGUCCUUACAUCCGACAACUCAGCAGAAGCGUCUUCAUGCACCUGGGCAGGCAGGUCGCCUUUCUGGGUGUGGAUUGCCGCACGGAGCGAAUGCGUGAUGAAGUUUUGAGCGUGGAUACUGUCGAUGUUAUUCUCGAGCGAUGCCGCCGAGAACUGGUGGAAGGGGAAACAAAGCAUCUCAUCAUCCUGCUCGGAGUCCCAAUCGCAUACCCUCGACUGGUCUGGCUGGAAAACGUCCUGACGAGUCGAAUUAUGGACCCGGUCAAGGCUCUAGGAAGGGUCGGGGUCUUGAAAGGUGGCUUCCUCAACAAAUUUGAUGGAGGCGUCGAGAUUCUGGACGACCUAGAUGAUCAUUGGACUGCAACCCAUCACAAACGCGAACGCAAUGACCUAGUUCAAGACUUCCAGGAUCUUGCGGCGGAAAAAUCUUGCAGAAUCACCAUCUUGAGCGGAGACGUGCAUCUUGCCGCAGUUGGCCAGUUUCAUUCCAACCCGAAGCUCAAGAUUCCAAAGGACAAAGACCAUCGGUACAUGCCAAACAUAAUAUCUUCGGCCAUUGUGAACACUCCGCCAUCAGAUAUGUUGGCUGACAUCCUCAACAAACGCAACAAGACCCAUCAUCUCGACAAGUACACCGAUGAAAACAUGAUCCCAAUGUUUACGCACGAUAUUGACAACAAGAAACGAAACAACAAACACAUGUUACCCAGGCGGAACUGGUGCUCUAUUCGAGAGUAUAUAUCGGGUUCAACCCCUCCAUCGACGCCACCUGAAAGCCCGGACAUGUCAGAAGCUGAGGAAGAGCAACAAGAAGGCUCGGAACCACGUCAGCGUCGCUUCUCCUUCUCUAAAGAAGAUAUCAAUCCACGAGCUCUGUUCCGGCGAUUGAGUUCGCGGAAUGCACCUCCCUCCUCAUACCGCGAUAUGAUGUAUGACCAGGGCCGUUCCGCAUCCCACGAUGGUACAACACAGCCUAGGUCUGGGUCUGGCUUUAACCAGGACAGAAAUCCUUCGGGGUCGCGGCUAUCCUCGGGUGACUUUCAGACCGCCCCUAAUCGGCGUGCCUCUUCGUUUGACCACACUUCCUCGGGCGCUGCAGUUCGACCAGGCGUGUUGCGUCGUCCCACCAAUGUGUCAGAGAAAGCGGCCAGAAAGGGAAAUGUCCCUGCCAUCGACGCGGAAGGCAAUGAAUUUGAUGUCAACGAUCAGAUCAAUCUUGAAGGAGGCCUGGAUGUCGUGCUCAACGUUGAAGUGGACCAGAAAGAUCCAUCUGGGAUCACUGUGCCUUAUCGACUGCUGAUUCCAGCGUUGUGGUAUGAUGGUAGUUCUGACCGCGAAAAGCUAGAUGAAGCUUCGGGUGUACCGAAGAAGGCGACCCUGUUGAACAGGCUUGCCAUCGGGAGAACACGGAACCACAAACCUGCACGACAGGGAGAUGGGAAUUGGGGCCAAGAGCAAAGCGACGAGGAAGCUUACAGUGACGGUGAAGAUGGCCAGGGGGCCGCCCGACCAAAGCGGAGAUUCAGCCUUUUUGGUGGUCGGAUGCAGAAGAAGGUUGAAACUUUCAGUGAUUCCGAGUCAGACCAGGACGAUAUCUUGACCACGGACGCUGGUGGACAAGGAACGCAUCAACAACAGCCGCGACAACCGCAACCACAACUGCAAUCACAGCGACUGCCCACAGCGACUCGGCCUGUCACGACUAGUCAACCUAGACAGGCCAUGAACGGACCACCAAGUCAUGACUUACUCUAUGAUACCGAACGUCGCCCACCCCCAAGCCACAGUCUCGAGCCCACACACCACCCUAGUGUGCGUCGCUCGCUGGUCAUCAGAUCUACAAGCGGGCCGGCGGCAGCGGUGACGAAUCAAGGUAUGGGUUCCGAAGCCAGACGGGCCAGCAGCAACAGUUAUGCCAUUCCGCACGCCGGCCCGAGUCGAACGAGUGAAAUGGCGCCACGCCAACUCAGCAAACAAGAACGGAUCCUGGGCAUCUCGCCUUUCGAGGCUGAGCCUCACGAGCCACCACAUCGACUGAGAGGAGACGGGAUCCUUGGCAAAGACUAUCCACCCUCGGCCUACGAGACUCAUCCACAGACACAGGCACAGACGCAGACGCAGACGCAACCACAGCCACAGCCAAAGCCACAGGCGCACCCACAGCAUCGCGGGUAUUCGGGCAUUGAGGCGUACCAAGAACCGAAGCCGCGAAGGACGUUUAGUCUGAGGAAGGCACGGGAGUGGUUGGACGGGCGGAAGGAAGAUGAGGUCGAAUACGAUUGA